CCCUUACGUCAUCAGGCGGCGCCGUGGCUGGGCGCGGCAAUGGCGGACCCCGGCGAGGCGGCGCGGGAGGAGCUGGGGGUCGACGCCGAGCAGGAGCCGCCGCCCGCCGUCUCCUCCCCGGAGGGGGAUGAGCCGGCGGCCGCCGAGGAGCCGGCGGCGGCGGAGGGAGCAGGCGAGGGCGAGGCGGCGACCCCCAGGCUUGAGGUCAAGGUGGAGGCGCCGGACGGGGAGGUGAGGACCGUGGAGGGAGAGGUGGUGGACGGGGAGGACCCCAGCCUGCAGCCGUCUGCAGCCAAGAAGGUGAAGCUGGAGCUGAAGGAGAGGAAGGAGAAGAAGCACAAAGUGGACGAGGACGAGAUCCAGAAGAUGCAAAUACUGGUCUCUUCCUUUUCUGAAGAACAGCUGAACCGUUAUGAGAUGUACCGCCGGUCUGCUUUCCCCAAAGCUGCUAUUAAACGGCUGAUCCAGUCCAUCACUGGCACCUCUGUCUCUCAGAACGUCGUUAUCGCCAUGUCCGGCAUUUCCAAGGUCUUUGUUGGGGAGGUGGUGGAGGAAGCGCUGGAUGUGUGCGAGAAGUGGGGGGAGCUGCCACCUCUGCAGCCCAAACACAUGCGAGAGGCGGUCAGGAGGCUCAAGUCACGAGGACAGAUCCCCAAUUCCAAAUACAAAAAGAUCAUCUUCCACUGAAGCACGUCCCAAGAGAAGGCAGAAGUUACAACAAGCUUCCUCUUCGGAACCUCACAGGAGUUACAGCAGAGCUGCCAGGCUGCAGCUCCUUCAGGAGCACUGCGUAUAGACUGGAGCGACUGCCAGGAGGUUUCCUGCUGUCACUGCUGAAUUCUGGCUUAUGAUCCACGUGUUGUGUGGCAGCAGGCUGGCCUGGAGCUGUGGUCUCUUCUGCUUCAACAGAGUAUGAACAGGAACAUUUGUCUUCAAUGUAUUUCCUCCCCCCAGGAUCAUACUUUCCACUGGCAGAGAUGUAGCGGUGUCUAUGUACAGAAGUGUGGGUUUGGUUUUUUUUUUUAUUACACUUGUUAUUGCACUCUUGGUCCUGCUGGGAACUCCUGAUUGUGUAAUGGUGUUUGUGUGAUUCCAAGUAGGGGGAGCACAACAGGAUGAUCUGUCUCAACCGAGCCUGACUUGUUCCUGAAACUUCGCUUUGCCUUGGGCACAUAUUGUGCCAUUAGCAUAAGCAAGGGAACACUUGCUGAAAGCUGCUGCUCCUGGCGUCAUCGCUUGGCUCUUCUUCCCCAAGCCAGUUUUAUGGAGCUGUCUGGAAAACAGUACAAGUGGGAAAGUGAAGGGAGAGGAAAAAAAGAAAGCUUGAGCCUGUAAGGAGGUUAACAAGUUUAUUUUCUUUCCAUGGUUCAUAGAACCAAUAAAUGCAGGAGUGGAAAUAUACUGCAACAAAGUUCCAAUACUGCCUAAAACUCAAAUUCAAGGUCAGACUUGCACGUUACCCACCUGUACAUACAGUAGUCCCCUGGGAGCACACUGCUGCUAAUGAAAUGUCAACGAUGCUGAGGCCACGUGCUCUUCCUCGGGUAACCAGAUUGUAGUUACACACAGGACUGAGUCGGCUCUCAUAAUAAAGUAGAAAGAGUCCUUAAACAAAAGGCUCUUAGAAAGUAAACUUUACUAAUAGUCAUCAGCAGAGCUAUGGGAGAUUGUGUCCUCCCACACGUACGCCUUGUAGAAAGGACUUUUUUUUUUAUUGUUUUACAGUACUUUGCACGGGUACUUAAAACUGUGGAAGUGCUUCAGUUCUUAAGUCAUCUGGUUUUAAGUUGCUGGAACAAGAGAUUUGCUGUAAGCAACUCCGCCCCAGGUCUGCACACGUGGGAGGGAGUGGUGGGAAGUGUGACAGUGCAAGCAGGCACCACAUCUGGGAAAACCCUUUGCACCCUACUCAUUUCCCAAGCUGGCUUGAGCUGAAACUGGACACUUACUUAAAGAAUUAUGAAAAUUUGAAAGAUAAGGAAAUAAACCUCCCAUUUUCAAGCAACUAGUGAAUAAAAAGUAAGAAUACCAUUGCAUUCCACUUAA